AUGGCGGUGUGGGAACAACAAUCUGUCGUGCGUUUCAGCCUGGAGGAGUUUGUGACUGAGGCCCUGGUUAAUGUUCUCCGGAACAUGUUGAACCGGUUCGUGUUUGUCUACCUUGACGACAUCCUCGUCUUUCCCAGCUCGGCUCAAGAACACGUGCUCCACGUCCGACAGGUCCACCAGUGUCUCCUGGAAAACCAGCUUUUUGUCAAAGCCGAAAAGUGCGAAUUCCAUCGCUCCACCAUCUCCUUCCUUGGAUACAUCAUCGCUGCUGGGAAUGUGGAGAUGGAUCCCGGAAAGGUCCCGCUCGCGUGGCCCCCAGCUGCUGACCGGGCUUUCCUGGACCUUAAGCACUGCUUCACCACAGCUUCCAUAUUGAUCCAUCUGGACCUGUCCUGUCAGUUUGUGGUGGAGGUAGAUGCGUCGGGUGUCGGAGUAGGGGCUGUCCUGUCCCAGCAUUCUGCCCUGGACCCUAUUAAGCUGCAUCCCUGCGCCUUCUUCUCCGAUUGUCUUAACGCCACUGAGAGGAAUUAUGAUUGUCUCAACUCCAGGCAAGCUCGAUGGGCCCUGUUGUUCACCCGGUUCAACUUCACCAUCUCCUACCGCCCGGGGUCUAAGAACGUUAAGCCGGACAAGCUUUCACGCCACUAUAGCCCCGUAUCUACACCCUCGUACCCAGAGACCAUCCUACCCACCUCAUGCCUGGCGGCAACCCUCGACUGGGGAAUAGAGAACCAGGCAUUCUGCACCCUCAUAGGGUCUUCGGACCCCGGCUCCCCGCUAUCGUCUUGGGCAGAGGGUAUGUCCACUUGGGAUCUGCCCCUCCAGAUGGGUGUGAGUCUAUGGACCAUCCUGCUGUUUGUUCAGACUCUUUGUUUGACUUCAGUUGAUGCCUACCCCAAUGGAAAAGUGACUGAAUCCUGUGGGAGUAUGAUGCCAAUACACGGUCAUGCCCCCAAUACCAGCCACUCUCCCUACACUCUGGCUGUCAAUGUCACUAAAUUCAGUUCUGGAGAUUACAUCCAAGUUACCAUAUCUGGAACGACAUACUUUGAGGGAUUCCUGCUUGAGGCUCGGAAUGCAUCCAAUCCAGACUCUGAUGCUGUCGGCUCCUUCAUCCUGACCAAUCCUAAAACCACACAACUGUUGAAAUGUGGCCACACUCCGGGUUCAGCUGUCAGUCACACAAGUGAUGCCAGACAGACAAAAAUCGUGGUAAUCUGGAACGCUCCCCAAAACUCACCCGACGCUGUCCAAUUUCUUGUGACAGUAGUGGCUCAUUACAAGACUUUCUGGGUGAAAAUCCCCGGUCCUGUUGUGUCUCAGAGUGGGGUAACUCCCAUCCCACCUAAACCCACCACACCUUCCACUACCAUAGAGACAUCAACUCCCUCUGUGUUGCCCAGACCAUUCAGCUCAGUGGGUUGUGGCCAACAGAAGUCCUGCCUGUUGGACCCAGUGGGAUGUGACCCGGAAAAAGAUCCAUCGUGCUUCUUCCUGUCGUUCGCCCCCAAGGGUCAGACUGUGGUGUUUGAGCUCAGUGGGCCCUCAGACGGCUACAUUGCCUUCGCCCUCUCCCAUGACACAUGGAUGGGGGAUGAUGACAUGUACCUCUGUGUGAGGGAUGACAGCUUGGUGGAUGUGAGCGCAGCUUAUGUCAAAGGAAGGUCCUACCCAAUGGAGGCCUCUGAGAAUGUUCUUACAGAUGUGGCCUGGAGAUUGGCGGAUGGAGUCAUUCAGUGUCGGUUUCGUCGACAAGUUCUUGUCCCACAGGACCCGACCCGGUUUAGUCUGGACGCACAGUACUACCUGUUCAUGGCAUACGGUGAAGCUGAAAACGGCGAGGUGCACAGGCAUGACCGCCAACCCCUCAUAUCCUCACAGCAGUCGGUCAUCAACGGCCCAGCAGAGAUUCUCAAUGGCUCUCGAUCGCCACUUCUCAUGAAAUUUCACAGUGUUCUGAUGUUAAUUGCCUGGAUGUUGGCUGGAAGCACGGGUACUUUCCUAGCCAGCUACUUCAAGCCUGACUGGCCAGAGAAAACACUGUUUGGUCAGAAAAUUUGGUUCCAGGUGCAUCGAGGGUUGAUGAUAUUAACAGUGCUGCUUACCUGUGUGGCCUUCACUCUUCCCUUCAUCUACAGAGGAGGUUGGAGUAAGGGUGCUGGGGCCCAUCCCUACCUGGGAUGUACUGUACUAGCCCUGGCUCUCCUUCAGCCUAUCAUGGCCACUCUCAGACCUCCCCCUGACUCCUCCAGGAGGUGGGUGUUUAAUUGGCUGCAUUGGGGAGCUGGGACUGUUGCUGAGAUUAUGGCUGUGGCGGCCAUGUUUUUGGGGAUGGGCCAGCAAUCUGUGCUCCUGCCUCACUCCUGGCGCCUGGUGGUUCUGACUGGGUUCCUGGCAUGGGUCGUUCUCUUGAGGGUGCUUCUUGGGCUCCAUAAAAAAGGCUACGUUAAAACACGAUUUUGUGACUGCGUUUCCAAAGCGAGUGACACUGAUCGGCAGAGGAUUCUUGCUGACGACUCAGAGGGCAGCACUUGGGAUGCAUGGUUCAAAAUCGUUGCCCUUCUUGCCUUUGUUAUUGGGAAUAGUGGGUUCCUGAUCAGCUUCAUUUACACCAUCAGUGGAUUGUGAUGAAUCUGAGAAGGGCCAUUCCAUGGUACAUGACAACUCACUGGCUGUUAGAAUGGUGGAGGAUCUGGAUUCUUAUUCAGAUCCAGGCCACAGGCAGAUCAAAGCACUGAACCAGAUCUAAAGCUAUUGAUGGAAUGAUAGGGAAUAUAUAAAUAAAAAAAAAUACUGGAUAGAUUAUCUGUUUCACACAUCAAAAGUAUUUCUGCACUAUUGAUUUUGCACUAAUGUUCUUAUCCCAACUUCUCAGGGAAAUGCAGUUGUACACUCAGUAGCCCGUUUAUUAGGUAUACUGUCCCGUUCACCAAAAAUAGAUCGCUCCUACAGACAGUGAGUCACGUGGCUUAGACUUACUGUAAAGCAAACAGACAGGCAUCGAGCACAGGGGGCUGCUGAGGGGAGGACGGCUCAUAAUAAUUGCCUGAACCGAGCGAAUGGUAUCAAACACAUGGAAGCCAUGUUUGACGUAUUUGAUACGUUCCGAUAAUGCCUCCAGCCAUUACCACGAACCUGUCCUCCCCAAUUAAGGUGCCACCAACCUCCUGUGGCAUCGAGGCAUUCAGUUACUGUUCGAUUGAACAUUCAAAUAGGCAAAACGAGUGACCUAAGCAACUUUGAGCGUGGUAUGAUUGCCAGUGCCCGGCGCACUGGUACCAGUAUCUCAGAAAUGGCCGCCCUCCUGGGCUGUUCACAAGUGUCUAGGGUUUACCGAGAAUGGGGUGACAAACAAAACAUCCAGUCAGAGGCAGUCAAAAUAUUGCCUGGUCUGACAUCCUGGUUCCUGUUGCGUCAUGCUAAUGGCAGAGACAUGAAUUGGCAUAAGCAGCAGAGUCCAUGGUUUCAUCGGUACAGGCUAGUGUGGGGAAUGUAUGCCAGGAAAACGUUAGGUCCCUUGAUACCAAUUGAGCAACAAUUGAAUGCCACAGCAUAUUUGAACAUUGUUGCUGACCAAACUCAAUAGCAUCUUUGGGAUGAGAUGGAACGGGCUGUUCGCAGCACAAAUAUACCGCCAUCCAAUCUGCAGUAACUCUGAUGCCUUCACGUCAGCAUGGACCAACAUCUCUGGAACAUUUCACAUCUUGUAGAAUCCAUGCCCCGAAGAAGUCAGGCUGUUCUGGGUGCAAAGGGGGGUCUGACCCGGUACUAGAUGGGUGUACCUAAAAUGUCCACUGGGUGUAUAAUGCAUUUCAAUAUCUCGAUACAGCCUUGCCCCUUGAGUUCAUGUUUAUUACAUUUUACAUCUGCGAAGUGUUGCUGAAUAUAUGUAAGGGAGAAUGCACAAUUUAUUCCCACAUUCUUAAUGAAUAAUUACAAAUUCACUUUGUUUGAAUUAUUACUAUGUGCGGGUCAGUUAUGUUUCCGAAACAAAUGAUCCUGUAGUAUAAUAUCAGUAUAAACAAAUGUGAUUGUUAAAUAAAUAACUUU